AUGUACCUCACAAAGCAAAUCAAUGGAGUUGAAAUUUGUUACGACGAAUGUGGAACGGCCGAUCGACCUGCGCUGGUCCUUUUGACUGGAUGGGCGCACGACAUUCGUCUGUAUGACGAGCUCCUUUCCUACUUGAGCCACGACCACUGGGUCAUCAGAGUCUGCUGGCGAGGACAUGGACCGUCACGCGAUGCCAUCGAUGAUUUUGGGGUCGAGGAGCAGAUCAGUGACACUAUCGGUCUGCUCGACGCUCUGGAAGUCGACAAAUUCUACCUUGUCUCGCAUUCACAUGGUGGCUGGCCCGCAUUGGGAAUUGCCGACAAACUGGGAAGAGACCGUGUCCUUUGUCUCCUGAUGAUUGAUCAAAUCAUGACUCCGCCCCCUCCCGAGUUUGCUGUGGGACUCCAAGCGAUGCAAGCGAAAGAAACGUGGAAGGCCGCUCGCCAGGGCCUAUACGACAACUGGACGGCGGGUAGCGGCAACAAGGCGGUUGAGAAUCACUAUAUCUACUCGUUUGGAAGCUUUGGUCACAGAAUGUGGGCACUUUCCUGUCGAGUCAUCGCUGCGGCCUAUCAAGAAUAUGGCACGCCCAUGCGCCGGAUGGAAAUGAUCAGGAACCCUCCGCUCAUUCGGCAUAUCUUCUCUCACCCAUUGAAUCACCCUGAGUAUCGGAAAAUUCAUGAAGAGCUCAGCCGGAAGCACUCUUGGUUCUCCUUUGCUGAUCUCAAGGGUGAGACGCAUUUCCCGAGCCUUGAGAUUCCAGAGAAGGUUGCCCUGCAAAUUGAACAACUUGUUCAGGAAGCUGAUAAGAGUGUACUAUCAAUAUAG